AUGGCUGCGCGCGCGACUGACCUCACUCUCACCGAGCCUGCUGGUGAUGAGAAGGCCACCGAUGUUGCGCAGCGACCAAGCACCAGCAGCUCAUCUUCCGCAACCGUCCCCGUCCCCGCACCGGACACGACCGAACCGGAAUCCACCGUCUCGGGAGCAGCCCCUGAAGCCUCGGCCGAGGCAACACAGAAACCCUUAGCAGCACCAGAAGAAGGCCGGACGAGGCUCGAAACAACUCUCAUUGUGCUGUCGCUGGCGGCCGCCCUGUUCCUUGCCGCCCUGGACGUUACGAUCGUUACUGUCGCAAUUCCCACCAUCGCGGAGCAAUUCCAUUCCACGGCGGGAUACACAUGGAUCGGUAGCGCCUACCUGCUCGCCAAUUCCGCUGCGGCGCCGUCAUGGGGGAAAAUCUCGGACAUAUGGGGGCGGAAACCGGUCCUACUGGUGGCCGCGGGGGUGUUUUGGAUUGGAUCGUUGCUGAGCGCAGUCAGCGUGAACAUGUCGAUGUUAAUUGCGAGCCGUGCCAUCCAGGGUAUAGGAGGUGGAGGCAUUGUUGUCCUCGUGAACAUUUGUAUAAGUGAUUUGUUCUCCAUGCGCAAGAGAGGUAUCUAUUUCGGAAUCAUGGGCAUGGUUUGGGCCGUUGCAGGAGGCGUGGGGCCUGUAGUAGGCGGCGUGCUGACCGAAAAGGUCACCUGGCGCUGGUGCUUCUACAUCAAUUUGCCUAUUUCCGGCGUCGCGAUAUUCGUGUUGUUCUUCGUCUUGAAGUUGCACAAUCCGAAGACAGGCGUGCGGGAAGGUCUCGCCGCCCUUGACUGGAUGGGAUCGCUGGCAAUCGUUGGCGGAACUAUCAUGUUUUUGCUUGGACUCGAGUUCGGCGGUGUCACCUUUCCGUGGUCCUCGGCAGAGGUUAUCUGCUUGAUUGUCUUCGGCCUGGUCCUUGUUGGUGUCUUCAUCGUCGUCGAAUGGAAGGUCGCCAAGUUUCCCCUCAUUCCAAUGCGCCUCUUCACAGUACGCUCCAACAUUGCGUCGAUAGCUGUGAGCGCCUGCCACGGAUUUGUCUUCAUAUCGGCAUCAUACUACCUUCCGCUCUACUUCCAGGGUGUCCUCGGAGCCUCGCCUUUGUUGUCCGGAGUAUACGUGCUACCCUUCUCACUGUCCCUUUCCGUCGCAUCCACUGUGACAGGUAUCUUCAUCAAGAAGACUGGAAAAUACCUGCCAUGUAUCAUCUUCGGCUGCGUCGUCACAACUCUUGGCUUUGGCCUGUUCAUCGAUCUCGAAGCGAAAGCGAAUUGGGCCAAAAUCAUUCUCUUCCAGCUCGUCGCUGGCCUCGGUGUCGGGCCCAACUUUCAGAGCCCUCUCAUCAGCUUGCAGACGACAGUCCAGCCGCGCGAUAUUGCCUCGGCCACAGCGACAUUCGGCUUCAUUCGGCAGUUGGCCAUGUCAAUCUCCGUGGUAAUAGGGGGUGUCAUCUUCCAGAACGGCAUGCAAAAGCAGUAUCCUACGCUUCUCAAGGACCUCGGCCCGGAUAUCGCCAAUUUACUGACUGGCAGCAGCGCAGGUGCCAGCGUUGGAGUCGUUUCCCAGCUUCCUGGAGAGGAGGGGGACCGCGCACGAGCUGCAUACUUCACGAGUUUACGGACGAUGUACAUCGUAUAUACGGCGUUUGCUGGUCUGGGGCUAGUGCUAUCAUUCUUUGUUGGGCAAAGGCAGCUGAGCAAGGAGCAUCAUGAGCACAAGACCGGCCUCAAGGGCAUGAUGGAGGCGAGAGACGAGAAGAAGGAGGUGAUCCCGGAGAGAGAGGCUUCGCCAGGUGGGGUACGGGAUGAGGAGAAGGCUCUCCAGGGUGGCAAUUCAAACUCCGAGAAAUGA